AUACCUACUUUACAAAAUUGAUAUUUGGUGAUGACUGUAAGCGAACGGCUUGUUUUUCGAUCGAUUCCAUUGAUUAAAAAUUAAUUGUUCCAAAACGAAAAAAAAUAUUCGGUUCGAUGUUUUGGUUGAGGAAUCGAAAAUAAAAGUUACAAUUUUUUUAUCUUAUCAGUAAAAUAUCAACGUAACGCCGAAAGAAAAACACAGAAAAAUAAUUCGUAUUUCGAUUGAACGCAAUGGCGACAUUUGAUGAAUCUGAGAAUAUUGUCGAUUCGACCAGGAUUCCAUUGUGGCAAAAGGAAUUGAUUGAACGACGAAAGCAUGUGUCCAAAGUGAUUGCGAAUAAUCCGACGGAUGAUCCGCCAAGGAAUUCGAUGGAAGAUACUCCCGAAACAAAUACAUCCAUCAAUAAUGGAGUGAUGACCAAUACAACAGCUGUUGUUGCGAGCAACGAAACUGAUACCAUUGAAGAAGGCACAUAUACAACGGGCACUACAACAGGUCAUUCGCAUUCUGAGCAACUUGCACAACAUCAAACAUCAUCAUCAUCGUCGACAACACCAUCACCACAAGCAACCAAUACAUCGGCGAAAGCAACGUUCACAGCCGAACCAAGUUCAGUGCAGGAAAUUAACAUUCAGUCGCAUUCCAGACAUGGAAAUGAACGUUUCGCGUCGGAUAGCAACAGUGAAUAUACGUCAACGGCUUUGAACGGUUUAGGGAAAAAAUGCACCUACAGUAAAAACAGUAAUAUAGUGAACAAAUCGAAUAUAUCGGUUAACAAAUAUACGAAAUUUAGUGAACGGAUUCAGUUAAAAUCACCGGCAACAAUGGUGGCAAUGCCCGAACUGUUAAGUGAAAAUAAUAAUUUGGAUGAUACGUCCGAAGAGUUACAAUAUGGACCGGGUAUUGUGUCGAAAUUACGUUGCCGUUAUUUGAGUUUGGCAUUGCGUCAAUCAUCCAGCAAACAACGGCCAUCAUUGGAUAAUUUACGGCGUGCAACAAGUCUAAACAAUUUGAUCGAUGAGGAAGACGAACAACAUGUGUCUACAAACGGACAAACAUGGAACCACCAGGAACGAAUUAAUUUAUCGAAAGAGAAGGCUCGAACACCCGACGAAUACAUUCCGUCAUUUCAUUGUGAGCACAAUGAGCAAAACGGAGAUCGUUGCAGACCCAGCCAACGGGGGAAUGAUUCAUCGAAACUCGUUCGAGCUCGUUCCGUCGAGGCAUUGAUGCGUUACGAUCAAAGUGCAUGGCAACGUGAUAUAAACAAAGAUUCCAUUGAUCAAACGGCGACGAUGGUUGUGUUAGAGGAGAUAGCCAACGAAAAUUACAAGGUCAAUAGCGGUAUCGACGUCGUUACAAUUGAAGAUAAAAUAAUUCAAGCUCGGGAGCGUGGCGAACACAAACCGAAAAGACUGACUUCCUUUAUGGAUGAGACUGAAAGACCGCCUCCGGACUUGGUGAAGCAUACGCUCCGGAUUUUCGAAGCAUCAGCCAAUCGACGUCCACGCAUUGGUACGAAAGGAAAUGGAGGCGUUGCUGCUAAAGUGGCCAGUUAUAAAACCAUUAUAAUGCAAGAGAAGCCACAGAUUGUAUUCCCGAAACCGCCAUUAAGUCCCAAGAAACCAGUCAUUAAACCCAGAACUUCUAGUCCAAAACAAGUUUUAAACGGAAGCCGUUACACAAAUGGAAAUGGAGCUGACCCGAACAAAAUACCAACAAUCGACAUAAAUGUCGCCAAAUCAAACUUUGAAAAUCCAAUAAUCCUGUCGCCGAACAGUAAUGGAUCGAAGAAAAUUACGGAUACUUCCAGAUCUCCAUCACCACUUGCUGUACGUGUCGACAUGGCCUACCGAACAAAUAAAUUUGACUCACCUUUGUCACCAGUACAAACAUCUCGAGAGAAAACUAACGGACAAUCGUCAUACACUUCUUCACCACUAUCACCUGUAUCGGCUGCUCCACGACCAAUGCCUCGUCAAGAGCUUCUACGUCCGGCCGCCGAUAUCAAUGCUCAAAACAACAUCGCAACCGAUUCACCUUUGACAGCGCUGGGCAAGAAGCUCGAAACAUUAGCCAUUGAAUCACCGAAAAACGGAAUUUCCAAAUUGAAUUUGAGUGACAUCGAAAGCGAUGAAACCGAUUCAAAUUACAACGAUACGGCUGACGAUUCCGACGUUGAUAAACCAUCGAAACGUAUUUCGAAAACAGCUCUGGCCAACAUAUCCAAAGCUGGUGUGACCACUGAAUUCAAUUUCUCUGCACAGUCAUCAAAGUCUUACCUUCCGGCGGGACCGUUAAACCCGUUAAACGGAAACUGUUCGACGCCGAUAAAAACCAACUCUUGUGAUACAACCGAACAAAAUGUACGCCAAAUCGGCAUCAUUCGACCGCAAGUGAAAACUAGUGUCCAAUCUGUAACCGCAACCAUUCCACCACCCAAAGUGAUUAACAAAAAAGACAAUCAAUCCGUUGUGAUAAAUGACUCGGUCGGCGUUGAAGAAAAACCGAAUCGCGAUAAAUUACUGAUCACCAAUCUAACGUCGCCGGCUAAUAUACUGCUAACAACGCGUGAAAUCGAACAAAAUUUGAUAAACAAAGAGAAAAGUGACGAGAUCAAGUGGGCUACCAAGAACAAUUCGGUGCCGAUAGCAAAGCCAUGGCAGAAACAAGAACAAAACAACACAAUGGUGUUUAACUUCAGUAAUAAGAAAGAUGUACCGGAUUACAUUGAAAAAUUCGAGAACGACGGUUUGGUUGUGCGAAGGAAAAGAGACUGGACAAAGCCUGGCGAAUCUGGAUUUGUUAUGCUUGGUGAUUUAACCGUCGAAACAUCAACGGAUCCAGACGAUUCAUAUCCGCUUGGACCACCAUCUCCCUGCGAUGUGGAAUUCCAGAAUGACAAUGUGAUUAUCGAUGGCAAAUCUAGUUUAAAAGACAAAUCGAUUGAUAGAAAGCUGAAAAUUCACUUUAACGAAUCGUUAACGUCAAUUUUUGAAUAUCCAUCGGAAAGUUCGAUGCUAGCUGACGAUGUUGACAAUAGCGCUAUGGUGUCUGGAUUGCUAGGUAGCAUGGCAUUAGGUUCGGCUCCGCUAGGCAGUUACACACCAGUAAAAGCAUCAAUUACAACCUCUUUCGAAUUGGGCGUCACCCGGUCUCAGUCACCGUCAGUUGAAACAUCAUCAACUGCCAGCACCAAUGGUGAAUCGUCAGAAAGUCUACAAUAUUUAAAACCAGCAACAGAUGAACAAACGGUCGCUUGGAGCGAAGGAACACGAGUCACAGAUUUGCUGUUUUAAGUUUAGUUCACUUUUCUGUUCUGCUGGUGAAUUUUUGGGUGUGUGUGCGUGUGUGAAAAACAAAGAGUCUUGUUUGACAUUAUAUUUCUUGAUGGUUAACAGGAUACACGGCCACAUUUGUCACACUAUUACACAAUGAAGAUAUCAAUUUAUUGAAUUAGUUUUUAGGUUUAGGUAGUAAGUUUUUCGUUCGAUUAACAAUUCUGCAAAGUCUUGCUCGAGCAUUUGAUUUUUCUUUGUUUUUUUUUCUCUCUUUGGAUCUUUGAUUUAAGGAUGUCUAUAAAUAACGUUUAUCAUUGUAAAUCAAUAAAAAUGCCAAAUAUUGUCAUUAAAAUAAUCGCGUAAACGAAACUUAUAAAGCGCGGACGCGGAUUAUUUAAACAAAAAAAAAAGAAAAGAAAAGAAAAUGAAUCGAAACAGGGGGACUAAUACUCAUAUUAAAUGUGAGUGUGAGGAUGUGUUAUACAAAGAAAGAAUUAAAAAUUAAAAUGCAGAACAAAAAAAAUAAUCAAACCGACGAGAAGUAAAUGUUGUGACAAGACUAGUCUUGACAUGAAUUGAUCAAUUUUCAUUCCAAUACAAAACAAAAAAGCAAGAAAAGGACGAAAUUUUUUGUCGAAUUAUUUUCAUUAAAUCUUGUUGUGAUUCGAAGAAUAGUUUGGAAAAUAGCCACCCCAUAUACCAACUAACAUAGAUUAAUGUUCAAACGAAAAAUAUUAUGAAAUAAAAAUGAAAAUUUACAGUCCGUAGAAAAGGAUUUAAUGUGAAAAAAAUUGAAAUAGUCCAGGGCCAUUGAGAAACAUUUCACUAAAUUUCGCUGCAAAAUUCACUGAAUUUUGUGAAAUUUCUUGGUGAAAUUUGGUGAAAUUUAUUGAAAUAUUUUUCAAUAUUAGGCGCUGAUUUAGCCACUGGUCGUCUAAAGAAUUGUCAAUAAGCCAGCUUCUGUUUCCUCGAUUUCAAAGAAUUUGUUAUUAUCAUUUUCAGAAUAACUCACAUCAAUCACCUUCUAGCUCACAUCAAUCAGCCUUGUAAUGUUACAUGCACGAACACUUUGUUAAUGAAAAUGUGAUCCGAUUACUUUUGCGUUAAUUCCUUGGUGAUUGGUGUCAAAUAGACUGACUUGUUUCCGUACACCACACAGUAUUAGUAUCGAUUAUCCGGUUCCAAUGUCUUCAAAUUUUUCAAGUAUUUUCAUCAUAGAAACAUUGGACAAAUUCAAUAAAUCCAACAGAAUUAUUGCAGCUCGAACUAAUAAAUCUCCAAACCUUUUCAAUGGUUAGUAAGUUGGUUGGUGAAUCGAAUGUAAAGUGUUGAUUGACGGUGAGUCCAUUUUAUCGGAUCUAUAUUUUCUAGUGAAAAUCAUGCUAGCCCUCUGGCUGAACUACUGUCCUAAUUGUUGUGCUAGUCUGUUAUUCGGUAUUUGGAGCCAAAAAACGGACUCCACAAAUAUUUUGUUCUAAAACGUCGAUUUAGGGCACACAGUCGAUACAAAUUCUUCCACACUCCGACAAUUUUCUAUUUCCUCAAAACAAACCGUACGUGGGUGUGUCGUGACGAAAAAUAAAUUCUUAUUGACAUACAUCGAACGACAGUGUCUCGAAUUGUACCUUUUGCUGAUUACUGGUAUCGACAGCGACGACAUAAAAAGACCGAUAAGCUCUGUGUAAUAUAGCCAUCCGACUGGUAUUGGCAGUGACGACAGAAAAAGAGCGGUGGGCCUUGGGUUAACGUUGUCAACUACAGCAAAAUAGUUCUUAAAACUUAACAAAGUAAAGAAUUUUGUUCUCUGAAACAAUAUACAAUACUUCAAACAAAAGAAGUAGUAGAUCUAAUGACUACAUGAAGUCUGCUGUUGAUAAAAGGUUUAACCG